UGUCUGCUUAUUGAUUCUGCUUAUUCAGUCUGCAAGAAGCAGUUCAAGGAGACAUUCGCUUAGGUAUCGUCCUGGCAAAAAUAUGGUUCUCUCAAAAAUGGCUGAACAGAUUACGACGUUAGUCAGAACUUCAACGUUAGUAAGAAAACAGUUGUAGCUUCAUAACCAGGUGGGAUAUUUGGUUCCAUAAAUAUGUAUCGAAUGAUUUGCAAAACAAACAUAUAUUUCCACCAAACCAGAAAUAUGUCAGCCAGUUAUUGUCCUGCUUUGCAAAUAAGAGGCUGAUAAGCAUGCUACUUUUCUUGUGUCUUCUUAACAAUCUUGCAUCACUGUUUAUUACAUCGCAGCUUUUUGUAUUCUAUAAAUAUGAACACAACAGUUAUUUGAGAUGUCAAAGACUCAACCACAAGGGGGCAAAGUGGAUAUGGUUUAAGCAUCAAGGAUAGUGUGGGACUAGAAGAUGAUGACUGAAGGACAAAUAAGACCAUAAGCUUCUUUGUGUAGUACUCAGUGUCCCUCUCUCCCAGUUGCAAAUCCUGGCGCAGUGAGGGUCAGUAACAUGCCGCAAAUCCCAUUAUCCCUCCCUGUUGGCCUGUAUCUGUUCUGCUCACACAUCAUGUUCUGCUUCCAGGAAAUGUACAAGGAUGUGUAUUAUGCAUGCAUAAUAACAAUACAGUCCUAGGAGGAAUGUAAUUCUCAAAGUUAGAUAUCCUAUCCAUUUUCUGAGUGUACUGUACCAUUUUAUAAAAUAGCAAAGGGAAAGGUCAGUCCUCUACUGCUUAUCUCCAUAUUGAUCUUCCUAAAGAAAAAGGAUUACGUAAAUCUGCUAAAAAUGAAACAACAAAAAAAUGGAUUGCUUGAUGAAAAGGUUUGUCUUGUGCACCCCACCUGUGUGGUUGCCUGCCCCCCCCCACACCCUUCUGGGAGGCCACACAGACUGAGUGACAUAUACUCAGCUCUUGUUGUGCACCAUAUGUGUCUUUCUUUUCGGUGGGUGAGCAGCAGGCUCAAGAACCAUCACAUCAUGGACCCCUCUGCUGUGCAAUCCCAGCAUGCUAUGGGGUGGGGAGUGUUGUGGAACCGCUCCAGGUUGACCUACGGCCCAAGGCGGCUUCUGCAGGUUCCUGAGGAAGAAGGCGACAUGGCGUUCUUCCUGGAAUACAGCCCCCCACCAAGAGAUGCCAUCAACCUGCCCCGUUACAUGCUCUACGUCCUGGUGGGCGUGGUCCUCAUUGUUGUGGCCACCUAUGCCAUUGUGGGUCACCUGAUCAAAGACCUGUUCCAUGACCUGGCAGACUGGGUUCUUGGGCCCCAAGAUGAUGAAGAGGAUGAUGAAUGUGGCCCCUGUGGAGAGGAAGAAAGAAAAUGGGAAGAGGGGAUGACAGACAAAUCUGGAGAGGAAAUUAAAAUGGAAGAAGAGAGUCCAGGUGCCCAGCAGGGUAGCUCUAUACUCCUGCUUCCUGGCCAAGUAUCUCCAUAGCACAGUCACACAGGGACGAGAAUGGACCUGAAGAACAAACACUUAAACUUAAACUCAUCAGCAUUAUGCACCACCUAAAUCUCUCUACAACACCAAAUUGUUAAAAAUACAUUAAUAUGUGCAUUACACAGCCAAAGGGAAUAGUCAACUGGGUUCACAAGAUUUUCAAUUUGAUAGUAUGUGGAUUUUUUUAAAUCUGAUAACAUUUUUAAAGAACUUGCUAAAUAAAUUAUUGUAUUGUUUCUUAUUUUUUACAGGGCCAUGUGUAAAUAUGGCUAGACCUCAGUUAAUACAGCUUCAGAGCUUUUUUAUGAAACACCUGUUCCCUGACAGCUCUUACCUGUUUCAUGACAGCUCAUACUGUGGCUGAAAUUCCAAGUUGAAAUAAAAAUCAUUUUAUGUAAGCAUGUGUGUUACCCGUACCAGGCUCAUAUAAUUCUACAGUGGCAGUCAACAAAGCUAUGUAUUAAACUACCGGAUAUUAGUCUUGUUGUAAAAUGUAUUUCAAAAAUAUAUGUGAGUGCUUGUAAAACAAAUAGUGUCUCCUGAAUAAACAUAUUAUUUAACCUA